GCCGGUUGCGUCGCUGACGAGGGAAGGGCGGGGGGGGGGGCAGGCGAGGGGAGCGAGAGCCCCGGCGCGAGCCGACACAGUCGCUCGCCGCCGCGCCCGCCGCCCGCGGCUCCCCCUGCCGGAGCGCAGCGCACAGGACUAGAAGAAUAAAGAGAAGUUUAAUUUAUGAGAACUGUAAGCUUACAACAGUUUGGAAUGGACUGAUUUAUGAUACCUCUGAUAUGUGAGAGCUACAUCUCGUGUCGCUGUUGGCCAGCUGCUGCUGGUGGACUUCAGCUGACUUCAUUGCAGCAAGCCCAACAGAUAGGUCCUCAUCGCUAAUAGAACAUAAACAAGUGUGAUGCUGAAAUGAGAUGAGGCUCCGAAAUGGAACUGUGGCCACUGUGUUAGUUUUCAUCACUACUUUCCUCAGUUUGUCCUGGUAUACUGCGUGGCAAAAUGGGAAAGAAAAGUUGAUUGCAUAUCAACGGGAAUUUCAUGCUUUGAAGGAACGUCUUCGUAUAGCUGAGCAUCGUACUCUGCAACGCUCUUCUGAGCUGAACGCUAUCUUGGAGCAGUUCAGGCGUGCAGUAGCAGAAACAAAUGGGAGUAAGAAUGCAAUGAAUAAUUUUUCAGAUGAAACACUGAAAUUGUUAAAAGAGCUAACAAGUAGAAAAUCUCUUCAAGUGCCAAAUAUCUAUUACCAUUUGCCUCAUUUGUUGAAAAAUGAAGGAAGCCUUCAACCUUCUGUGCAGGUUGGCCUUGGAAGGACAGGAGUUUCCAUUGUAAUGGGAAUACCUACAGUGAAAAGAAAAGUCAAGUCUUACCUUACAGAAACUCUUCACUCCCUUAUUGAUAAGCUGUCCCCUGAAGAAAAACUGGAUUGUGUUAUGGUUGUCUUUAUAGGAGAGACUGAUCUUGAUUAUGUUAACAGCGUUGUUGCAAGCCUGGAAAAAGAGUUUUCUACAGAGAUCAAUUCUGGCUUGGUGGAAGUAAUAGCCCCUCCUGCAACUUACUAUCCUGACUUGACAAACUUGAAAGAGACAUUUGGAGACUCAAAAGAGAGAGUGAGAUGGAGAACAAAACAAAACUUGGAUUAUUGUUUUCUUAUGAUGUAUGCCCAGAAAAAGGGGGUUUAUUACAUUCAGCUUGAAGAUGACAUCGUUGUCAAGCAGAAUUAUUUCAGCACAAUAAAAAAUUUUGCACUUCAGCUCGCUUCUGAAGAUUGGAUGAUUCUAGAAUUUUCUCAGCUGGGUUUCAUUGGUAAAAUGUUCCAGUCUCCGGAUAUCACUCUUAUUGUAGAGUUCAUAUUUAUGUUUUAUAAGGAGAAACCUAUUGAUUGGCUCCUGGACCAUAUCCUCUGGGUGAAAGUGUGUAACCCUGAGAAAGAUGCUAAACAUUGUGAUCGACAGAAAUCUAACCUACGGAUACGCUUCAGGCCUUCUCUCUUCCAGCAUGUUGGCCUCCACUCCUCUCUAGCAGGGAAGAUCCAGAAACUCACAGAUAAAGACUUCCUGAAACCAUUACUGCAUAAAAUCCACGUGAAUCCACCUGCAGAGGUUUCGACAUCUUUAAAAGUCUACCAGGGGCAUACGCUAGAAAAAACCUACGUAGGGGAAGAUUUUUUCUGGGCUGUCACACCCGUUGCUGGGGAUUAUAUUCUAUUUAAAUUUGACAAGCCAGUCAAUGUAGAAAGGUACUUGUUUCACAGUGGCAAUCCAGAGCAUCCAGGAGACAUACUUCUAAACACAACUGUGGAAGUUUUGCCUUUUCAGAAUGAAGAACUGGUAUUAAGCAAAGAAACCAAAGACAAACGCUUAGAGGAUGGUUACUUCAGGAUAGGGAAGUUUGAAAAUGGUGUAGCUGAAGGAACAGUUGACCCCAGCCUAAACCCUAUUUCAUCAUUCCGGCUUUCAGUGAUACAAAAUUCAGCAGUUUGGGCAAUUCUGAAUGAGAUUCAUAUUAAAAAGAUUACAAAUUGAUCACGGGACUCAGCUUUAGAGGAAAAAGAAAGAAUCCUUGAAAACUUUUCCUGUAAAAUCUGGCAUCCUUAGCAAGUCACAAAUCAAAAAUACUGAGCAUGCACCUUAUUCCAGAUUUCUUUCAUUUUCACUUGAACUCUACCUCUUGUGAAAUCUACUGUAGAUGAGAAGAUUGUACUUCCCCUUCUUAUCUGAUCCAUCCAGAAACUGAUGCUCCACACUGAUAAUGUUCGUCUGAGGCUUAAGUUGUCCUCCACUUUAAUGUGACUUUACCAUCUUAUGGUUACAGAACCCUGCUACGCUUAACCUGUACUAUUUUGAUAGUAUAGUAAUAUAGAGAAGUUGUACAUAUUGUUACAUUCCUUGAAGAAGAAAAAAUAUAAUUAUUGUUAAAUAUGUUUUAUGAAGGGGGUACUUUCGGAGUUCCAUUUAUUUUCUAUAACAAGAACCCUCUUUUAUAGACUGUCAGGGAUAUAUAUUAAAAAUGUUAGGGAUAUUUAAUUUAUUAAAAUAAUUUGAAAAGUACAUAUUUUUAUGCAGUAAAAUUUUAAAUUGAUAUAGUUUUUUUUAUGAAUUCUCUAGUUUAAGUUAUCUUUCUACAUUUUUCUUUGAAGAUGCAAACAUAAAUUAAUACCAUAUUUCAAAUAUACUGCCAUGUUUAAAAAAACUAGAUUAAGUUUCUAAAUUAUGUAGUUUUGUACACAGAAUCUGAAUGAUGUUCAGAGGCAUUAACAGAGUUCUGAAGAGCAUUAUUCUUUGGGGCUAUGAAAUUCCACUAUGUACAGUUUGUAGCCACAUAAAAAGCAUGCUGAAAUGUCUUGUUUCAUAUUAUGUACUAAAUCUGCAGUGAUUUUAGAUUGAAUCCAUUGCAUUUUAGAGGAAUUUUUUCAAUUCCAAACAGUUCUUUCUAAAAAAUCUUUGUAGACAUUUCCUAGCCUGGACAAAUUCAUUUUCUGUACUGAAAAAACUCAUUCUCCGGCUUUGCUUUGGAGUGAGAGAGGUUACCUUUUAUCAAAAGAAUUAAUAGUAAUCAGAUACAUUUGAUCUAGAGAGGUCUCCUUUUUAAAAGUUCUGUUAUUGCAGUGUUUAUUUUAGAUACAUUACAGUGAGUAGUUAUGGUUUAUUUUCUUCCAUUGUUCAAGAACAAGGUUUCAGUUUGACUCCUUUAUCGAUGGGCGUAGUAACUCGCACUAACUUUUAAUAGGAACUGAAUCUGGCCUCAAGUUAGUACCCUGCCUUUUCGUUUCAAGGGAAACAACAGUGAUCUUAAAUGAAUCAGAAACUUGGUCAGGAACAGAAAGCGGUUUGGAUUAAAUCCAGAGUGGAACUGUUGCAGUACUAAUGCUGCCGCUGCUCUUGAGUCCUUCUGCUUAGGUGCUUAUGUGUAAGGACACCAGCAUGGGAAGAUUUAAGUUACCCAGUCAGAAAUGGUCAGGGAGAGGCAGAAAUUUCUCUGUAAUAGGAGCAAAGUACCUGAUUGACACUGGAGGGAGGCAUCUAUCCUGGCUUGGGGAUUCUCAGCUGUGCUGUGAACCAACCUCCUUUAACUGACAUCUUGAAAGCUGGCCCCAGUUUUCCCUGCAGAAAAAACCCUCUGUUAUCCCUGACAUCUUUGUGGUCAGGGCACAGAUGCACAAAACCUGUUGCGAGGUCCCUGAUCUAGAGCGGGGAUCUUGAAUUCGUAUCUCCAGCAUGGAAGUUCGACUAGCAGAUUUGGCCUCUUUUUCAUUACAUACUUAUAAGGAGCAGGAGCCUAAACCUGACUCUCCAGCACUGCAAGCCAUCACCACUGGGAUAUAGAGUCAGCCUGUCUUUUCUUCUCCCUUGUUGGAAAAUUGUGUCGUAGCUGUGACAGUUCAGCAAUAUCCAAGUUUAAGAGCUUAACUACUUCUACAGACCAUAGUCAUUUUGGUUUAGCUAUGUUGUCUGGGGCACAGGGAAGACAAGAUUUGUACACAGAGGUAAGACCUUCUGUUUCGAAGUUGAAGAAAAUUAGAAACAAGGCAGGCCUUGUUUACUUAUUUCUGAUUGCAUCAGAUGGUGCAAAUAAAAUGUAACUUGUAAAGCUUGUCUUGUCAAUAGAGACUGUGGGCAUAAGCUAAGCACUGGCCUCAUAAAUGGAGUUUGUUCUUGGAUUUAGGAAUGUGGGUGAAUAGGCUCAGAAUCCUGUGUGAAUCUAGCCUAUUCUGGUGCCGCAGCCCAGUUCGUUGUAUGUAUAAUGCCAUGCCAUCAAAUUAUUGCCAUGCAACGGCUUUUUAUCACAUAUUAGCUAGCAAAGGUUUAAGAAAGUAUUUAGGUUUUCUUCUCAGCUGUGCCUGUGAACAAAUGAUGCAAGUAUUUAAACUAUAGCUAUUUAUUACAAUUUAGAUUGCAGAAAUAUGUUAGAUAUUGCAGUUUUUUAAUAGAAGUAGUUUUGCUGACAGUGACUUUCGUCUUUUUCCAUGAGUUCAAAAGUUUACUGGUACUACUUAUUUCAGAAAGCUGUAUGCUUAUUCUCAAAGCAUCACUGUUCCUGAUGUUUCACAGUAGUUAAGAUGAAUCAUUGCUAAUAUAUUUAAAUAUAUAGACCCCUUACCACAUUGAUUGCAGGACUCUGGUUAACACUAUAUUUAGUUUUCAAAACUGUUGAGAUUAAAUUUAUCAAAGACAAAUUAACUAGUGCUUGGUAAAAUAUGUGGGGUUUUUUUUCUAAAGAUUGUUGUAUUUUUAUUACAUUGUACUAGAAGGAAUUGGAAAUACUCUUGGCUGCUUUAACACUUUAAACGUUCCUGAGCUUAUACGCUCUCUCAAUAAACGUGCCACAUUAAUACAAAUUAUGUUUCAUAGGUUCAGGUAAAUUCAGACCUGGUGUAAUCAGAUAGUUCUGCAAAUUUGCUUGGAAGUUUUGCUGAGAAAUAGAAAAAGCAGGGAAAAGAUUUUCUAUCUAGUUAUUUCUGCAGACAGCUAUUUUGGGCUUUCUACCUUUCAAAUUCCAAUCCUCAAGUCAGGUUAAAGUGGUGCAGGUCUCCUUCCUGGAAUUAUGGUGGAAUAAGACUGCUUUGGCUGUUUGGCUCAACAGUCGUUACGCUCAGGCACUGUUUAUGACUGGGUAUGCUCCCGAGGGGCUGGUGUCUCUUACACAUCUCAGUCUAAGUUACAGUAUUACCGCAAGAGUUCUCAGCAUCUUAAACCUAUUACCUGAUUUUUGGGAGGUUUUUCCUACAUGUAUUUAGUUCCAAGUUAUUUUUGUUGUGGCCUUAAAAAUCCCCUCUAGGCCACUGAAUCUUACAGUAAUCAAAUAAUAGAAAGUGUUUCAAAAUAAACUGCAUUGUUCUAUGAUCCUGUUAGCUUGUUCUGAUGCUGUUAAAGCUUCAGAAAAGAGAACUUUUGUAAAACCAAAGGCAUUACCAGAAACCUUCAUUAUCUGGGCAAAUUAUUCUUAACUUCUUAUACUGGAUGCCAGACAGCCUGGCUGAUACAAGCACUGGCUUUUCUGAGCUGAUCAGGAUUGCUCUGGACCAAGAAAAUACAAGACUAUCAGUAUAAUCUUGCUUUGCUCAUUCAGUGGGUAGUCCUACUGAAAACUGUAAAUAAUGUGAACAGGACAUGAUCCCAAAUUAGCACUUUUUAUUUUUUGAAUUAAAGAGUGUUUCUAAAGCACUGUAUAAGGCUUUGUGCUUUUGCAGGCAACUCAACCAUGUAUUUGCAUUGAUAGAAAAUAUUCCUAUAGAUACAUUUGUUUUUUCUUAACUGAAAGAUGGCUUAGAAAAAUUCAAACAGAUAGAGAUGCGAUUCAUGGACCAAUAAAACACUGGACUCUUCUGUCUGUUGCUGCUUGUCUAGCUGUUUCAAAAGCAGUUUUUAAAUACCUUCAGUCAGCUUAGAGCAAAGCAAUUUAUACUUUGCCCAUGUGAUACAUGAUUCCUUGAAUGGGCUGAGCAUGGAGUCUUUGGCAAAAUUGAACAACCGUGUAACAUUUUUCCUUCAUUUUUUUCCAAGUGUAUUUUAUCAUUUCGGUAAUCUCUAUUUUUUGUUGGAAAUAUUAGCUCCAGAUGAAGUAUUGUAGUAAUUUGUAGUUUGCUUCCAACUUGGAAAAUACUAUUUUAGUCUUGUGGGGGAAGAAAAGAAUUAAAUCUCUUUAAACCUUGCUCCCCUAAAAUAAAUUAACCUUAGGUUCUGUAUUUGUUCUUACUAGGAAGGAUGUAUUCUGAAAAAGCUAAAGCAAGUAACUGUAGUAGAAAGGGAAAAGAACCCUUUUGUUUUUAAGUCAUCUUUACAAUCACCAGCAUAAUGCUGAAAGGUUAUUAGACAACUGGUGUCUUCAGGCUAGCAUUGAUUGCUGAUGUAAGAAACACACCCCAUACAGACCUGAUGAAUUAGUCUUUGAGAAUGUCACUUUUCUGACCUUAGUGGUCUCUUUAAGGGUUUUGCUGAUUUCUGCUGUAAACAGUGAGCUGCUAGAACUUAGAGCGGCUCGAUUUUGAGAACAGUGAAGCCUGCUUUCCAAGGGACAAAAUUUGGUAUCUCUAAAGGGAAGGUACACAGGCCCUGAGUCCUUCAUUGAUUUCAAUGGUAUUGCCCCAUAGGGCACUAAAUAUGACAUGUUUUUACUGUUGAACUGAAGUGGGUGAUCACUGGCACUAGGAUUCCUGUUAGGGAAAAGGGGUGCAGUUAGGCUGCAGCUGCCUGCAGGACGGGAGCGCGUGCUGUUAGCCAGGGUGGGAGCAGGUCCCGACUGGAAUCCUUAGCCUUCUGUGGAUCAGUGGUUCAGUGCUUUCCUUGUUAAAAGGGGAACGUUGCUCAGCAUCUGCUGAGAGGGGAACAUGAUUCUCUUCACGCCUUAACAGUGGCUGAAACACACAGUACUGUAAGAUGCACUGCCAGCAUAUUUGGUAUUUUAAGAUAAAAUACAGUUUUUCCUUAGAGAUCAAAUUCUAGUAUCGAGUCUUACUGUAACCAGUUUACUCUUGCAUUGUUUUGGAAACUGAAUCCUAGCGCUCAUCUUUCAUAUUGAACGCUGCUUUGGAAAGUCAUCAUCUUCAUUUUCCAGAAGGUAUUGUCUGUGACAGUCAGUUUGUACUCCUGCCUUGUGGACUUUACAGCUGCAGGCUCAACUUGUACUUUCCUUCCAUGUUCAUUGACCUGCCACUCAUAAUGGUGGAUGUAGUAAUACCUACUGGACUUCUAGAGAUUGGGUUUAAAAACUUGCUGCUAUAUUUGGAAACCUGGUAUGGGUCAUGUUAAUUGUGCCUUUCAUCACUGUUUCUUCUGUGUGCCAGAGUUGUCCAUGUAUAUUUGAAGUGGUCAUUAAAAUAAAUCUGUUCUCAAUUUCUUUCAUAAAAGGAGGGGACAGUUCUGUAUCUACAGACAGUUGUUGCUUUACCAUCGCAACACUACUACGAUCUGUACUUCCACGCAGUCCCAAGACAAGGUAUUCCAAUAUUAUUCUUACAUAAAACUGCUUUUUGGUGUCACUUAAAACCCUCAUAAUGUAGAGCUUAUGCCAGUAUGUGCAAAAUACCUGCAGUAAGAGUUAUGCUAAAUAGACUUGUUGCAGUUAAAUUUAAGCUACAGAGAUGUACAAGUAACUUGUUUUUAGGAAUGUACUGCGAAGUAUUUGAACAAAAUUGCUAACAUGUUUACUGUUGUAAAUAUUUUAAUAAAAAAAGGACACUUCAAACUUUUUUACACAAUUAUCUACAAUAAAGAGAAAUUUACAACCA